GGUGAGGCAGAAAGCCGUGGGCGGAAAGAUAAUUCAGGUUGUUGAAGACCCUAGGGAACUUUCACUCUUCACUUGAAAGGAAAUAACAUUGAAAGUUAAAGUCAAAGAAUUUCCUUUUCCAUAGAUUAGAUGGCGUCAGUGAAUGACUCUCGCCUUCAGCAGCAGCCUGCCCAGAAGGAUGCGGCUGACCAGAACUUUGACUACAUGUUCAAGCUGCUGAUCAUUGGCAACAGCAGUGUGGGGAAGACCAGCUUCCUGUUCCGCUAUGCUGAUGACUCCUUCACCUCAGCCUUUGUCUCCACCGUGGGCAUAGACUUCAAGGUCAAGACCGUCUUCCGCAAUGAGAAAAGGAUAAAGCUACAGAUAUGGGACACAGCGGGGCAGGAGCGCUACCGUACCAUCACCACAGCCUACUACAGAGGAGCCAUGGGCUUCCUGCUCAUGUAUGACAUCACCAACCAGGACUCCUUCAACGCAGUUCAGGACUGGGCAACUCAGAUUAAGACAUACUCUUGGGACAACGCACAGGUGAUCCUGGUGGGAAACAAGUGUGAACUGGAGGAUGAGAGGCUAGUCCCCACAGAGGAAGGCCAGAGACUGGCCGAAGAUCUUGGGUUCCAGUUCUUCGAGGCCAGUGCCAAGGACAACAUCAACGUGAAGCAGGUGUUUGAGCGGCUGGUAGACGUCAUCUGUGAGAAGAUGAACGAGAGCAUGGGUGGAGAUGCCAACCUGUUGUCCAAUCACAGGAGCACCAGUCUACAGGACUCACCUCCAGAGAACCAUGGGGGCUGUGGCUGCUAAAUCCUGCCUCACAGCCCCACAACAAACCCCAUCACAGUGCGUGAAGUAUAGAGGGUACACCUCUCAAACUACACCCCAAUCUCACACCCCCUAACACAGCCACUACAGUGAAAACCAUAAAGCAGCCAGCUGAGAACCAUCGAUCCCCUCCCCUCGGUCCAUCCAGCGUUAUCCCACAUAUCCCCUGCUCUAGUUUCUGUAUUCCAUGAAAAGGCCCCAUCUCUCUUGUGUAUUGUGGCCUUCACCCCUGGUCAUUAUUUUAGGUCAUUGUUGUGUUCAGAGUUUAAUUAAUGAAAAUAUAAUAGUUUAAGACUCAAACAGAGCAGAAGGUGCUUUUGUUUUGGAUGCCCCCUGGCUGGUGCUCUGCUUCGAAUAUAUUCAUUGGACUAGACUUCUCAGAAUCCAAAACCGGACAGAAAACAGCACAGCAAAACCUGAAAAAAAAUCCACAUUUUUGCAUAUCCUUGAUCAAAAUCUAGAUGUAACUGUUAUUAAUGAAAUCAAAUGACAUCAUCCAGACAAUCACAAAACUGAGUUAUUCUGCUGCUUUGGCCUUUUGCUUCCUUAUUUACCUGACCUCCAUGCUUUACUCUGUGACACUGAAGAUGCCAUUUUGCCAUGUCCUCAGAAUAAUUGUGCACUACUAUUCUUGAGACUUUCUUAACCACUACUGCUUAUGGGAAAGAGAAGGUGAAAAGUAUGAGAUUCUGUUCCAAACAAUGUUAGCGCAAUGUUGUGCUCUAGGAUGUUUGUCUGGGAGGAAGUCGUAUAACACUAGUGACACUGAUGCGCAUCACGUGACCUGCUCUGGCAUAUCCCCGCUCACCCCUCCGUGCCUCCCUUCCUACUCAUUGUUUUUACACUUUCCAACCCGAUUGCACAAGGCUUCAACAGUGUCCUGUAAUCUGGAUGUGCCAGUGUAAACUGCCUGCAUUACUUGCAUGAUGUUACUGUACUGUUCUUACAUCUAAGCUACUGUCUAUGAAGUAGCCUAAUUAAAGCGUGGUGAUUGGCCAAGCAUGACACCCAUGCUAAUUCAUUUUCCAAAUCAUAUGCUUAAACAGAAAGACAAAUGGUGCACCUAAAGCAUGUACAGUGCAUUCCAUUGUACUGCUUGGAUGGCUUCAGUAGAAAAAAAUAUGCAUUUCUCCAACUGGACUGGAGAGACAUGCAUCUCCCCGUUCUCCGGCCCUCUGUUACUCACAGACACUGCAAUUUACCUAUCACUAGCCCCACACUGUUCACUGGCCAUCAGUUAGGGUCAGGCACGGCAAAGCACUGCUAAAGCUGAGGGGUUGGGUCAAAGCCCGCCAAAAGUAUUCAUGAGCGCCUACUCUCUCCCAUUGCUUAUCACAAAGACACUUAUCCACCUGGAUGCACAGCUGAUGCUGACUCGCUGUUUGAUAUUAGCUGGCUGAUUUGUAUCAAGUGAUUUCCCCUGUUCAUCUCCUACCACGAGCAAGUUGUCUUGUUGUGGUGUGAAACACUUUACUGGAGACUUAACCGUUAACCUUUUAUAGCUGUGUAAAAACACUAUACCCCACAUUACAUCUGCAUUAUGCCCAAGUUGUAAAGCUUUCUCCUGGGUGGUGUUUGUCAGUGUAUUUAAAUAGUGUUUUUCUUUCUGCUGCUGAAGGUAACUGGAUUGAAAGUGGUGAGGUUUUACUGAAAGUCCUGAGGAGGACUUCUCUAAAUGCACUGAUACCCAAGUUUAUUUAAAUACUUCAAUGUCAGUUGAUUAAAAGGACCCAUAACAUAUUUUUUGAUAAUUAUGUUCAUCUGAAGUUGUAAGUGAAAGUCAUUUUAUCCUUUUAUUUUUUUUCGGUGGAAUUGGUUAGUUUUUGUGUAGUCUGGCAUUCCAUAGGUUAUAUAGGUUUGUUAUACUAUUAAGGGGAAACUAUACUGUUGUCUUAAUGUAUAUUUGUUUUGUUCCUAUUUAAGGCGCUGUUUGAUGGAAAAUCUUAUUA